AUGACCAGUUGUGGCCAGCAGUCCCUGAACGUGCUCGCCGUCCUCUCGUUGCUGAUUUCUGCAGCCUUGCCCGCGCAUUUCCGGGUCUGUGAGCCGUACACGGACCACAAAGGCCGCUACCACUUCGGCUUCCACUGCCCCCGGCUCUCGGACAACAAAACGUUCAUCCUUUGCUGUCACCAUAACAACACGGUUUUCAAAUACUGCUGCAACGAGACAGAGUUCCAGGCGGUGAUGCAGGCGAACCUCACGGCCGGCUCCGAGGGCUACAUGCACAACAACUACACCGCCUUGCUGGGAGUGUGGAUCUACGGCUUCUUCGUGUUGGUGUUGCUGGUCCUGGAUCUUUUGUAUUACUCGGCGAUGAACUACGACAUCUGCAAGGUUUACCUGGCGCGGUGGGGCAUCCACGGACGGUGGGUGAAACAGGACCCCCGGCGGUGGGGGAACCCUGCCCGGGCCCCCCGGCCAGGGCAGCCGGCCCUGCAGCCCCAGCCUCCCCCAGGCUCCCUGCCGCAAGCCACCCAGGCCGUACACACGCUGCAGAGAGACAGCCACAGCCCGCCGCUGAUGACCUUCCAGAGCUCGUCCGCCUGCUUGGCUGAUUGGCCCCCACCAAUAGGAGGAGUCUUGCCCUAG